AUGAAAAUAAAUACAGACGAUAACAAUCUUCCACCAUAUGAAACCACGAUUCAUUUAGUAACAAAACAUGGAAUAUUAAAAGAAUUUUUAACACGUUAUGAAAUAGAUCGUGUUAAAAUCUACUCAGUAACAAAUACAUUUGAUAAAAAUAAUCAACAAAAUGCUCGAUAUUUAUUUGAAAUUGAUUUAAAUAAUGUUCUUGCUAUAUGUAAUCAAUCAGUUAAUUCCAUAUCAUUAAAAUCACGUUCAACAAAUAUUCCAACAAUAAAUACAAAUAGUCAAUGUACAUUAAUUGUUGAUGAACAAACAUCAUUUAAUGAAUAUGUAUGGAUAUUUCCAAAUGAACUUGAACGUGCUUUAUGGAUACGUGAAUUAUUAAAACGACAAUAUUCAUAUCAUCAAUUAGUUUAUUCGGAUUUUAUUUUAUUAACUAAAUUAAAUGUACAAGAAGGUAUUAAUGCUGAAAAACAACAAGUUAUUGCAGUUGUUUAUCCCGGAAGAUUUGUUAUAUGUUCGGAUACAAUAUUUGAUGAAGUUGAUUUAAAAAAAUAUUGUAGUUUAACUUAUCAAAAAAGUGUAGAAUUUACAGGUGUUGUUCUUUGUCUUGUUUCAAAUCGUUUUCUUUAUUUAUCAUCACCAAUAUCAAAAUUAACUGAUAUGUUAUAUUCGUGUCUUCGUGAAGCAACGAAAGUUAAAGCAUUAACUGAUUUGAAUUGUCAAAUAUUAACAUCACAAAAUGUACCUGUUAUUGUUGAAAGAUUUAUUAAUUUUAUUUUUGAACAUGGUUUAGAAAGUAAAGGUAUUUAUCGUCAAGCUGGACAAGAAACAAAAAUAAAACAAUUAUUAAAUGAAUUCCUUGAAGAUCCAUUUAAUAAUUCAUUAACACACGAAAAUUAUACUGAACAUGAUGUAGCUAAUGGUUUAAAACGUUUUUUACGUCAAUUAGAUACUCCAUUAUUAGGUACACGUCACAAUUAUGAUGCAUGGUUACGUUCAACAGUUGAUUCUAAUAUAACAGCUGAACAACUUAUUCAAUAUUAUCGUGGUUUACUUGUUGAUUUAAAACAUAAUCAUCCAAUUCAUUAUGCAACAUUAAGAAAAAUGUUAUUACAUAUUCAAACUGUUUCUAUGUUAUCAAAUAAAAAUGGAAUGACUUUAUCAAAUCUUGUUUCAACAUUCGCACCAUGUAUUAUAUCUCAAGCACCACCACCGCCGCUACCACCGCCAUUUACAAGUUCGCAUGCAAAUGAACCACGUGAACGUCGCGGAAUGUCAUUAGAUGAUAUUGAUAUGAAAUAUUCAAAAAUUCAAGAAGAUAAUGUUUCAUCGUGUGAAGAUGAAGCACAAGAUUCAAUUGGUCUUCUAAUAAAUACUUCUUCACCAGCAAAGGUUAAACGAAAUCAAUCACUUCAAUCUUCUCGCACUGCUGUUUCAAUGUCAUCACCAUCACGUUUUCCACUAUCGUCAUCUUAUGCUCGUGUAACUCCAUCAAUACAAGCUGAUCUUGAAAUAAUGAAUAAUCUUUGUCAAUAUUAUCGUGAAUUAUUUGAUAUAACUAAUGAUGAAAUCGAACAUGAAAAAACAUGUGUUGAAACAUUAAUAUCUUUACGAACUAAUCAAUGUCAACCACGUAAAUUAGAUGGUACAAUGGUUUCAGUUUAUUUUGAAUCACGUGCUGAUGAAUUAAAUGGCUAUGCAAUAAAUAUUUUAGAACAAGAAACAACAGCUAAUCAUGUUAUUGAUAAAUUAUUAAAACAAAUUCAUAAACAUGAUUGUUUUUUUUGGGCUUUAUUUGAAGUUAUUAUUGAUCAAAAUCUUGAACGACCAAUGUAUUCAGCAGAAAAUAUUUCUAAUGCAUUAAAUCGUUAUCGAACAUAUUUACCACCCGAAUUAAAUCGACAAGCAACAUUUGUUGUUAAACUUAAUUAUGUACAAUUUGAAAAAGAACGUUUACAACAACAACAACAACAACAACAACAUGAUCUAUCAUCUAUUGAAUGUGAAUAUUUUGAUUUAACUAGUAAACGUUGGAUACCAUGUGUAUGGAUAUAUGAAAAGCAAAAUCUUCAAGUUCAUCGAAUAUCAAAUGAAAAAUCUAUGAAAUGGAAAUCACGUUUUAUAAAUUCUUCAACACCAAAUAAUCUUUCUCGAAAAGAAUCAGCAUUAAAUUCAAGUGUGAUAUCAUCAUCUGAACAACAAACACAAAUAUAUUCAUGGUUUGUUAAAGAUUUAUAUCUUUAUAUUGGUGCUGAUCGUCGUAUUGUUAAUCCAUUUGAUAUGAAUGAAUAUCGUACAUUAACUAUAUUACAUACAGAUUUAAUAAACGAACCAAUAUUUGGUAUUGCAUUUCGUUUUAAUGAUCGUCAUCAAAUGUUUGCUUGGUAUUUGGAAUUAGUACGAAUUAAUGGACAUGAUCAAUGGACACGACAAGCAUCUCAUACAAUACCUGAUGGUGUUAAUUAUUUACCAUUACAAAAUUAUCAUACGCCAUCAUCAACAUCAUUAACAUCAUCGAGAAAAAAAUCUGAGCAAAUAAAAACAAAAUUAAUUGCAAAAUCAACUCUUGUUGCUUCAAGUUUAGGAAAACAAUUACGAAAAUAA